GACACGGUCGGUCAUUUAUGUGUGCUACACCGGUGUUUGAGUUGCGGGAUGGAGUUUCGUUGACAGACAGCAGCGCUACGUGAAUUUUCUAUCUAGUGUGUCUGUCUACUAACACGUUGAUAUCUAUCGGAAGCGCUCACCGGUCCAACAUGGCAGAUAACAUUAUCAUCAGGGUUCAAUCCCCAGAUGGGAUGAAGAAAAUUCCUUCCACCAAGAGAGAGACAGCUGCUGCUUUUUUAAAGAAGGUGGGCAAAGAGUUUGGGUUCAAUUCCAAUGGGUUUUCCGUUUACCUGAACCGCAACAAGACCGGAGAAAUCGUUUCACAGAACAAAACCCUGAGCCUGCUUAAGAUCAAGCAUGGCGACAUGCUGUAUCUGUUCCCCUCAGGAUCCCCUUCUUCUUCUUCUGGGGAGGUGAUGGACACGGCCACCCCACACUCAUCGUCAUCACUACCAUCCAUCUCAUCUUCUUCAUCCUCUUCUUCGUCCUCCAUGAUCCCCCGGUCCUUCUCAGCCCCCCAGGUCCAGGAGGAUGAGAUUGAUCAGUAUCUGGCCAAGCAAGACGGCAAGAUCUACAGGAACAAAGAUCCACAGCUAUGUCGCCAUGGUGCCCUUGGAAAAUGUGUGCACUGUGUACCAUUAGAGCCUUUUGACGAAGACUACCUGAAUCACCUCGACCCACCAGUGAAGCACAUGUCAUUUCACGCAUACCUUCGCAAGCUGACCGGUGGAGCCGAUAAAGGGAAGUUUGCGGCUUUGGAGAACAUCAGCUGUAAGAUCAAGUCGGGUUGUGAGGGCCACCCUCCCUGGCCGGAGGGGAUCUGCACCAAGUGCCAGCCCAGUGCCAUCACUCUGAACAGACAGAAAUACAGACACGUGGACAACAUCAUGUUUGAGAACCACACCAUUGCUGACCGCUUCCUGGACUUCUGGAGGAAGACGGGCAGUCAGAGGAUGGGGUACUUGUAUGGCAAAUACACUGAGCACACAGACAUCCCUCUGGGCAUCAGAGCUGAGGUGGCUGCCAUCUACGAGCCACCACAGAAUGCCUCUCAGAACAGUCUGGAAUUGGUGGAAGAUCCUAAAGCUGCAGCUGUAGAUGAAAUCGCUGCCAAACUGGGCCUCUGCAAGGUGGGCUGGAUCUUCACUGACCUGCUCUCUGAGGAUACGAGGAUAGGCACUGUCCGCUACACGAGAAACAAUGACUCGCACUACCUGAGCGCAGAGGAGUGCAUCACAGCGGGAUACUUCCAGAAUCAUCAUCCAAACCCCUGCAGACUCUCUCGAGACGGACAGUUUGGUUCCAAAUUUGUGACGGUGGUGGCAACAGGUGGUCCAGAUAACCAGGUGCACUUUGAAGGAUAUCAGGUGUCCAAUCAGUGCAUGGCUUUGGUGAGAGACGAGUGCCUACUGCCUUGCAAAGACGCUCCCGAGCUCGGCUUCGCUAAAGAAUCCACCCCUGAGCAGUACGUACCGGACGUCUUCUACAAGGACAAAGACAAAUUUGGAAAUGAUGUCACAUUUCUAGCCCGGCCUCUCCCCGUGGAGUACCUUAUCAUAGAUAUAACUACAACUUUUCCAAAGGACCCCCAGUACACCUUCUGCUCCACACAACGCUUCCCUAUCGAGAACCGUGAUAUCCUGGGGGAGACACAAAAUUUCCACAGUUUAGCGACAUACCUGUCCCAGUGCACCUCCACAGCAUUCCUGGACAUCGUGUCAGACUUCCAUCUGCUCCUCUUCCUCGUUACCAAUGACGUCAUGCCCCUGAGAGACAGCAUCGGGCUGCUGCUAGACGCAGUGAGGACCUCUGAUGAGGAUCUGGCACAGACCUGGAAGAAGUCAGAGCAGUGGGCCACCAUCGAGCAGCUGUGCAGUACAGUGGGCGGGCAGCCCUCCAGCUCUGUGGGUUACGGGGCCAUGGGCGGCCCCUCAGUCCCCGCCUCGUCCUCAGCCAUGUGGUCCUGCCUCCACUGCACCUUCAUGAACCAGCCUGGCACAGAGCACUGUGAAAUGUGCAGCCUGCCCCGCAGUUAAAAAACCCCUCCCUCCACACUGCCCUGCCCUGAUCUUAUUACCCACCCAGCCCUCCUCUUAACUCGCCAAUGACAUCACUGCUCCAGGACCAGCUGCGAGAUUUGGACCCCCUUUGUGUUUUCUUUCCGCCUCACUCUGAAGCCUCUGUCCUUCCCAUCUCACGGGCUGCUGUGACGCUUGAAAGGGACGCACUCGUUUACAUCGAAUUCAAUGCGUUCAAUAAAAUAAAACCAGACUGUGUGUUAUGAUUUUCGUACACCCCCCCCCCCCACAGCGACUCUGGCAGGGUUCGUUUAAAGCACUUUUGACUGAGGCCCCUUUCCCCCAACCCACGUCCCCCCCUGAAUAACCCCCCUCCUCAAAUAAAUCCUGCUGUGACUCAGGACGACAGCAAAGACUCGAGUGUUUGGAUGUUCUCUCACAUCAGUGCCCCGCUCACUCUCACAAUGUCUUCUUGAAAAUCUUGCUGUGUAUAAAUACGUUUGAGGAAUGAUACUGUUAUUUAAUUAAGCUUCUUUUUUUCCUUUUUUUAUCUGAUUGUAGCGAUACCUUAACGUUUUGAAUCUUCAGCACGGACUCAGUCAGGUUUUUAUAGGUCUUGGUCUCUUUGCCAAGCUCCUUUAAAGUACAAUCAUUGGUCAAAGCUCAGACCUGAAAAGUGUAAUUCCACCUUUAGUAGAGUUUAUAUUUUCAGUAUUAAAUUACUUUAGAAAUAAAUCCCAUAUUUGAAAAGGCACACGCAAAAAGCUCUUCACCCCUGACACCUUCUCCACUGACUACAGAAGUGUGCUGCUGUUGGUGAUUAUUAACUUGACGUCCCACCAGCUUAUCGUGGUUCCUAAAGAUCUUUUUCGCUGGUUUGUUGGAGUUGUAGCUUUUGGAUUUGGAGGAUUGAACUUGAACAGGCAUAAUAUGUAGCUUACUUUAUCAGCUGUAUGCUCUGUUUCUGAUAAAAACGCCCCCAGACAUCAUCAUCAUCAUCAUCAUCAUCAUAUUUGUUACUGAAUCACACUCUUAUUAGCCGCGAGGUGCUUCUAGAAACAACUGGUGCUCGCCACUUCCCUCUCUGUCACUCCCUACUUGUGGUUCUUCUGCCUUUUGUUUUCUUGCUGGUGCCGUUUCCGAAAUCACUCAGCCUUCAAAGACUUUGCUGCUCAGAGUGCACGGGGUCGCGGGUCACCACGGGGGAGGAAAAAGAUGCCUGACAUUUCGCUUGUCUCAGCUGAUGUUUGUGCUGGAUGUCGAAAACCUUGAAGUGAGCGCCGUCUGGAUGAUGUUGAAGCACGCAAGUCCAGAUUGAUGUUUUCUCCGCUUUUGUAGAGCUGCAGCGUCAGUGGCGUAAGAAGGGGCCCGAGCCUGAAAACAACGUGAAAAGCACUUAACUCCCCUCGGUGAACAUUUCUCGCUUAACCCCUAGUUGUAUUUAGCCAAACGAAUAGGUUAUACGUGUGUGUGUGUGUGUGUGUGUGUGAGAGAGAUUCUGCCUACACCCCGCUACAACGUGGUGCUAAGAGCAACAAAAUGUGACCCUUAAAUACUGUCAACAAUUUUCAUAGGCAGAAAGUUGUCUGAAAGAGGAGGCAGAAAUCUCAGAAAGAAACAUCUUCACAAACAUCAAAACAAACAAACACUAAUCCAUAUGUAGAUAAAUGUUUUAAUUUAAAGUCAGUGAACUAACCCUUUAACACGGCUUUUACGAUGGCUCUUUUUAUUACUUUAAUGUUUUGGAUUUUCUUUCGUGAGGCUGAUAUUGGGACCAAACCUCAUGAGAUCAUUUAAGUCAUGAAAGUUCACUUCUGGUUAAACAUCUGGCAGCAGAAUGUUACUUUGAGCCGCUCCACCCAAACGCUCUUAGCAUUUGUAACAUGCACCUAUUCAGCAAAAUCAAAACACGUUGAUAUUGUUCGCACACAGUUGUGUAGGGAUCUUGUUAAGCUCGUGUGGUGCCGGAAACGAAUCGCCUUUCAGUCCAGAUGUAAAAUACAUACGUACAUUUUUGAAGCUGGCAGAUGUGGCGUGGUUGAUGUAUUUGACCAAAAUGAUCUUUUGUGACUUGAAUGCUUUCGCAGUUUUUCUAGUGCUCAUGUAGAAUUGGAGGAUUAACUACGACUGAUUAAAAAGUAAAUAAAUAUUACAAAAGUUAAUGACAGUGAUGCUAAAACGAAAAGCUACAAACUGCACAUUUAUAAUAAUAAUCCUGAUUAACUAGUUUUUGACCAGCAAGAUCUCUUUGACUCCGCGUCCCUGAAAACAUCCUCAAACUUUUUAUCACCUGUUCAUGUUUUGGCUUCUGCAUUUGUCUUUUUUUCCCUCAUAACUCCGUGCACUGUUUCAAGAAAUGGUGUUUUUUGUUUUUGUUUGUUUUUUCGGGUGAAAGGAUGGUCCAACCGGCAGGAAAACCGAGCGAAUCUCUAAAUCCUUUUGAUCUUCGUUGGGGUCGUUGACGGGGAAGUGGGCCUCUUCGAUUAAGAGGGCUGCAGAUUUGCUAUCUAUGAGACGUGUGUUUCUUCGUAAGAGCUUGACAGUAAUUCCACUGAUGAAGUUAUUUUUAGUUGUAGAUUAAUUUUACAAAGCUUGGAGGAUUUGUUUUUUUGUCCCGCCCCCUUCCCAAUGUGUGAAGAGCAAUUUAUCUGAUGUCAUGAAGCUAAGGGACGGCAGUGACCUUUUCCUUUUGUAUUGAUCCAGGGGCCGUUUGCUGAGCAAGCAUGCUCUUGGAGUUACAGCAGGUUCUCACUUUCCACUGAGCUAACUGAGGACCCUGAAAGUUGAAUGCUGUUGACCUGGAUUUGAAACAAAAUAAAAUAAAAAAAACAACAGAUAA